UAACUCCCCACACAGAAGAUUUCUCUUGAAUCCAAAAUAUGGAUGCGGCUGCGGCAUUAUCAUUUUCUCCACCGCCGCCCCUUUCUUUCAGAAAACACAGAUUUGCUUCCUUCUCCUCCUCCUCCUCCUCUACUCCAGCUGCUGCUGCUACUACUAAUACUACUAGGGGCUCUGAAAUUGAACUGGAGAAUCGAAAAUUCGAGCUUCUCAGAGCUGUCACCGACACCAAACGCGGCCUAACCGCCACCCCUCUUCAACGCUCUUCCAUUGAGGAAGCCCUCGUGAGUGUUGAAUGCUUUGAUGCUGGGAAGCCAAUUAGCUUGGGUUUGUUGGACGGCACUUGGCGUCUGCAGUACACCUCUGCCCCUGAUGUCGUCGUUCUCUUUCAAUCUGCCGCUACUCUUCCCUUCCUUGAGAUUGAUCAAAUAUUCCAAAAAUUUGAAUGCGGGGGGGAUCAAUCUUCUGGUGAAGGUGUCGUCCGCAACAUUGUAAGAUGGAGUAUACCCAGAGUGCUCGAGGAGAAUGAAGGUGCAACCCUGCUUGUGUCUGCAAAGUUUUCGGUUGUUUCACCCCGUAACAUCUUCCUCGAAUUUGAAGAGGUUUGUAUCAGAACCACCGAUAGUAAUGAGUUUGCAUAACUGCCGGUUUCUAUAAUUAUAAUGUAGAUAUUGCAGUUCAUUAAAUCGUUCAAAGCUCAAGUUCCUGUAAGAAGUUCGCAGCAAAGGAGAUCUGUUGGUGGACUGUAUUACCUGUCAUAUCUGGAUAGCAAUAUGCUUUUGGGCCGUUCGGUUGGCGGUGGUGGGGUAUUCAUUUUCACUAGGGCUCAACCAUUCAUCUGAUAAUAUAACGAGAGAAAUGUGGUAACAAGCCAUUCGAAACUCACAGUAUACUUGUGAAGAUAGUUGUCUGUCUGUAUGUGAAUAAUGCCUGCAUUCAUUCAUGACGAGUAAAGGGAAUCCUUCCUUUUGUAAGUAAAAGAAAUCAACUAUAUGAAAUGUUAAUACAUUUGUGUAAAUACAUUGAUUUUAUUUUUUUCUGGAAAAAGAAAUCUGUAAGUAUAUAGUUUAAUUUUGUUUGGG